CUCUGACUGACACGGAAGGUGGAAUCCAGUUGCACUUUUUUUUUUUCGUCGAGUGGGAGGAUACGGGACGCCAGCCAAGGUAUGACAGAGGCAAUGGAACUGUGAGGAACUCUUCAGGGAACGAAGUUACAAUUACUGAGCUUCGCAGAAAGAAAAGUUUACUUUUAACAGGAAAGACCAAAAAGAAGGAACCCCAAAUGGCGGCACAGCCCUCCGAUCUAGAGAAGGCCAUAAAUACCCUGGUCACACAAUUCCACUCGGCCGGCGGCGGAAACAGCUCCACGCUGAAGAUCGACGAGUUCAAGAAUCUCCUCUCCAGCCAGCUGCCAAACCUCGCCAAGACGGCAGGCAGUGAGCAGGGUUUCGGGGAGGUGCUGCAGAUGAUGGGGGUGAAGGAAGGCGAAGGCGUCAGCUUCAAGAACUUCUGGUCUCUGAUCCAGAACCUGGCCACUUCCCAGUACGGCAUCCUGAGUCAAGCAAGCCCCACCAAAUGCAGCUGUCUGCUGCUGUGAGACAGCCUGGAGACUACUGCCACCACCUCCUCCCCUCCCCCAACCUGUCCCAACCCCACCCCCCCAACCCCCCACCACCCUGUCCCAACCCCACCCCCCCGACCUCCCACCACCCCCUCCCCUCCCCCACCCUGUCCCAACCCGACCCCCCACCACCCCCUCCCCUCCCCCACCCUUUCCCAACCCCACCGCCCGACCCCCCACCCCCCCUCCCUUCUCUUCCCCACCCUGUCCCAACCCCACCCGCCCACCCCUCCCUUUCCCUGCUGUGUCCCUCCCCCACAUCCCCCUCGUCCCAACCGCCCCCUCCCCUUCCCCCGCCACAUCCCAACCCCACCCCACCUCUCCUCACCCCCCCCCACCCCCCUCUGUCCCUCACAACAGCGAUGAGAUGGCAAGGGGUUUGCCAAAACCCGAAAAUGGACGGAGCCACCCAACGCUCUCUGUGACUUGUUGAUUUGAACCAAAUGUUGUAUUAGUUUUUUGUUUUUUUGUGUGUGUGUGUUUUGUUUUUUUGGUUCAAGCAAGUCGGUGAUUGGUUGCUCGUUUGACAGCUCCGCCCAUUAUCGGGUUCAUGUAAACCUCACCUCUGUGCCACUAGCCCUAACAAGACCUGAUUUACGCUCGGCCUUGAUAGCUUCUCUCCAACACCACCCCCCACCCCUGCAAACACAGUGUCUUGGUGCUAGUAGCCAAAUCUCCACACACUCCACACACACGACCACUCCCUCCUAUUGUGUUAUCUUUAGAACUGAACCUCCCAGUACCGCUCUGUAUGUUGGGGUUGGGGUUGGGGUUGGGGGGGGGGGGGGGGGGGAAAUUUCAGCAGUGUAAUUUUGAUGGGUGAAUCCUGAGCCUCACCUCACCAUCACCCCCAAAUCCACUCUCUAGGUCCCAGAGAGAGGUGGUGUAACCCCCCCCCCCCUUUACACAACACCAUUUUCAAAACAUUCCAACCCACCAUGGUCCAUUUGGUGGGUUCAUUGCUUUCCACAAAUUAAGAUGGGACGCCCAGCCGAACCUGAGAUCAGAGGUUAAUAAUUGUCUUUUUUAUAUACAUACACGCAUCAUCAAUCAUUUAUCAUUUCGUAAUUUCACUUCACCUGACAUGACUUGACCUUCUAGAGAUGCUAAAGUCUUUGUCUUUUAAAAUCACUUCUAGUGAGGUGAUUUGCUUCCAAAGAAAGAUUAAUUCAGACAUUGUGUUUGGACAGCCCUGGCUUUGAGAAGGACCAGCUGAAGUAUGUCAUCACUACUAGGCAUUCCUCUGGGCCAAAGAGAUUUCUGAUCGAUAUCCAGAGUGACCUGUUUGGCCUAUUCUAGUGGUGGGAGAGUGAGGUUGCAUUCUGUCCAUAAUGGGUACAUCUAUAGUGAGUUGACAGUCAGUGAUUUGCUUGAGCCAAUCAAAUGGUUCUGCACGCUACAGUGGACCACAAUGAUUGGUUAAAACCAGUGAGUGACUGAUGGUACAUGGUGGCUCUGCCAUUUUUUUCUUCUUUUUUUUUUUUGUUUCGGAUUCUCCCAACACUAGCCCUCUAUAGUUACUAACCAGCUCAUUCCUAAUGUAGUACUGUCAGUGACAAUAAUUCAACCACUUCCUGUUCUGAGGGGUUGCAACUUCCUGUAACCAAAAAAAAAAUGUAUUCACUGUCAUGCCAAUGUUUUGCAUCCUAACGUGUUUGUGAUCAUUUUUUAUUUGUCAUGCUCGUAUAACCUUUUUUUUCUUCAAAAUUAAACUGCCCAAUCCUGAAACUGCAACGAGACAUUGAUUGAAUAAAAUUUUAAUGAUGUCGUUAAAUAAAAAAAAAAAAACAUAA